GUUGACGUAUAUUUGACGUUGACUAGUACAGGAAGUUCCUUUAGUUUGUUAGUUGACAGAUUUCCUUAAUCGAUUAUCUUAAUAGACUUGCCCUUUGUGCUCGAUAUAAGGAAGUAAAUAUGUAAUAUAUGUCAACAUUUUUCUAUUACUACUGUUAUGCAUCACGCUCAAUAAGGACAGCGGUGUAGUUUCAGUGAAUCGCUCAUUCUGUUGAGUAACUCAAGCCGGUGAUGAUGUCGUGCUCGCUGGAGAAGGUGCUCGGCGACGCGCGGACGCUUCUGGAGCGGCUGAAGGAGCACGACACGGCCGCGGAGAGUCUCAUCGAUCAGUCGAGCGUCCUCAGCCAGAAGAUCCACAGCAUGAAGGAGGUCGGAAACACUCUCCCUGACAAGUACACGGAGGAAGGCACAGAGUAUCAGGAGCUGUCCAGAUACAAACCUCAUGUCCUGCUAAACCAGGAGAACACCCAAAUCAAAGAUCUCCAGCAGGAGAACAAAGAGCUCUGGCUGUCUCUGGAGGAACACCAGUACGCUUUAGAGCUGAUCAUGGGCCGAUACCGAAAACAGAUGCUUCAGCUGAUGAUGGAGAAGAAAGAGCUGGAUACCAAACCUGUGCUCAACCUUCACCAUGAUCAUGCCAAGGAGGUUCAAAACCAGUUGGAGCGGAUCUGUGAAAUGGGUCAAGUUAUGCGUCAAGCUGUACAGAUGGAUGACCAGCACUACUGCUCUGUGAAAGAGCGACUGGCACAGCUUGAAAUUGAAAACAAGGAGCUCAGGGAUCUGCUGUCCAUCAGCAGCAGCACCAUCAGGCCGAAUAGAGAGGAGACAAACCCACCAGAGACGGCGGCCAAAACCCCUGAGAAACAGGAGUCCUAAUAGAGGAAAUGUUACUUUAGAUGGCAGUUUGUAUAUUUGUAUGUCGGGUGAUGUUAAAAUCUUUAUUAGGUUUUCUAGUGUUCUUCUGAACUGUCCUGGCGGUGGUUUACAGUAGCUUCCUGCUGCCCGAUGAUGCACUUUCUGAUGUUUAUUGUUAAUGAUGCUGAUGUUUUUGUUCAGGAAAGCUCAGUUUUAAUAAUAGACACUUAAUAGCUGCAAUGCAAAUUGCAAAUGUGCAUUAUAGAUAAAUUCUGCCUCUAUUUCUAGUAGCAUUUUCCCCAAAAAAUGUUUAUUAUAAAAUGAGAUUUUUGUCUUAAAUUGAUUCGUAGCUUUACCUUCAGCAGGUUUAUAGGUCAUCUUAGGUCACACGAUUAAAUUGACAGCUGUCUAAUGUGUUUGGAGUAUUCUGUAUAUGUGAAAACAGAUUAUUAACAGACCUAUUAACUAACCUCAGCAUAAGAUAGUUGUAUCGAUAAUAAAGUUGUAUGUAUCAGCAGUAUUGCAUCUGUAAACAGUUUGAUGUGAUGUUCUUGUACGUUGUGUCACAUGUACAACACACUUCCACAGUGAAAACCGCCACUCAACAUUUGCCAGUCUUUUUAUUGUAAGUUGUCGUAUUUUCAUCUCAGGAAAGCAAUCAUAUGUACCACAGUUGUUAUUUUGUAUAACUCAGUAUGUAAAAUAAAAUAGAAAUAUUCAAGUUUAAA